GGCCCAGGGGAUCUUUAGCGUCAUCUCGGAGCGCCAGCCGCCGGGCUAGAGGUAGUGGUGGCGUGCUGAGCCCGGCGGUACCUGGCUACACUCAUGGCUCUGCGGGUACUGACCCGUGCUCUGGGCUCUCUGAGUCUGGCGCCCCCGGCUGCCGCCGCCCCCGGCCCGAGUGUGCUCCCGACCGCCCAGGCGACAAGCAAUGCUCUCCAGCUGCCCUCUGCCUCGAUGUUGCUCCCCUGCCGCCCGUUCCUUACCUCUGUGGCCCUGAGUGCCAAGUUUGUGUCCUGGAAAAGUCGUACCACGUAUACCGUUGCACCACAGAAAAUGAGGAAAUCUGGAGGCCGAGACCACACAGGCCGAAUCCGAGUGCAUGGUAUCGGUGGGGGUCACAAGCAACGUUACCGCAUGAUUGACUUUCUUCGGUUCCGGCCGGAGCAGGACACCAAGCCGGGACCCUUUGAGGAGAAGGUCAUCCUCGUCCGCUAUGACCCCUGUAGGUCAGCAGACAUAGCUCUGGUGGCUGGGGGCAACCGGAAACGCUGGAUCGUUGCCACGGAAAACAUGCAGGCUGGAGAUAUAAUCCUUAAUUCUGACCACAUAGGCCGCAUGGCAGUUGCUCCUCGAGAAGGGGAUGCACAUCCUCUUGGGGCCUUGCCGGUGGGGACCCUCAUCAACAGUGUGGAGAGCGAGCCAGGCCGAGGGGCCCAGUAUAUCCGAGCCGCAGGGACGUGCGGUGUGCUGCUACGGAAGGUGAAUGGGACAGCCAUCAUCCAGCUGCCUUCUAAGAGGCAGAUGCAGGUGCUGGAAACGUGCAUAGCAACAGUAGGCCGAGUGUCCAACGUUGAUCAUAACAAACGGGUCAUUGGCAAGGCGGGGCGGAACCGCUGGCUGGGCAAGAGGCCCAACAGCGGGCGAUGGCAACGAAAGGGGGGCUGGGCUGGCAGAAAGAUUCGGCCACUACCCCCAAUGAAGAGUUACGUGAAGCUGCCCUCAGCGGCUGCCCAAAGCUGAUACCUCUGGACUCUAAUAAAAUGACCCCCCAUUUUUA